AUGAGGGUCUUUGCUGUAAUCCUUGCGCUGGCUGUCCUAUCAGGCUGCCAUGCCAGAAGCGUGCCUCAGGACCCCUGGGAGGAGGUGGUUAACCGGUUCAACGAUUACUUCCGGGACCAGAUCUGCAAGGCCGACGAGGUGAUGACGGACAUCAAGAACUCACAGAUCAGCCGAGAACUGGACACCCUGAUCCAGGACAGCAUGUCCGAGCUGGCCAUGUACAAAGACGACCUGCAGGCCAAGGUGGUGCCCUACUCCCAGGACGCUGCAGAUAAAUUGGGCAGAGACCUGCAGGAGCUGACCAACAGACUGGGCGAUCACAUGAGCGAGGCCCGGGAUCAGAUGGAGAAGUCCGGCAAGGAGCUGCAGAGCGUGAUGGAGCAGAACGUCGAAGACGUCAGGUUCAGGCUCUCUGCAUACACCCGCAAGUUAAGGAAGCGCCUCAACAAGGACACACAGGAAAUCAAGAGACACGUUGCCAACUUCUUUGACGAGCUCCGAGCCAGCACCUCGAACAACAUGGAGGACGUGAGGACGCGCUUGGACCCUUACUUUGCUAAGGUGCUUGAGAACGCCCAGGCCAAGGUCACCACCCUGAACGAUCUGCUGAAGUCGCAGGCGGAGAAGGUGAAGGAGAAGAUGCAGACGGUGGCCGAGGACAUCAAGGAGCACUUCGAGAAGACCAGCGAAGACCUGCGAUCCACCCUGGAGGACAAGAUGGAGGAGCUGAAGACCUGGUUUCAGCCUAUUGUCUCCAGGAUCAGCGAUAGCUUGUGA